AUGCCCCAACCAACCACCACGGCCCGCGCCGUCUUCAAUGCUCUGCCGAGGGUAGCCCCGAGGCAAUGUGCCCAACAAUGCACUCGACUCAUGUCGACAGCGCGCAGUGCGCCCACGAAGCGACCGACAGCUCCGAACCCCGCCAGAUUCCAAUCCCAGCCCUACCCGCCAUUGGUGCAGCGCCGGUUCAAGUUCAACACAGUGGAGGAGGCAAAGAGCCGGUAUAGGUCAGGGGUACCCCUUCUCGUGGAAAGGCCCGGGCUUCUGUUCAUCGUCACCGGCGCCGGCCUGGUCUGGUAUUUUGAGAACGAAAAGGAUCGGAUGCAACGCAAGAGGAUAGCAGAGGCGAACAAGGGCGUGGGCAAGCCCAAAGACCAAGACCUGAAGGGGCGGUACUCUCUGGUCUACUUUGGCUUCACCCACUGCCCCGACAUUUGCCCCGAGGAACUGGACAAGAUGGCGCGGAUGUUUGACCUGGUUGAGCAGCAGCGCCCUGGGGUCAUGACCCCACUCUUUGUUACUUGCGACCCGGCGCGCGACGGGCCCAAGGAGAUGAAGGAGUAUUUGGCCGAGUUCCACCCCAAGUUCAUUGGCCUGACGGGCACAUAUGAACAAAUCAAGGCCAUGUGCAAGGCAUACCGCGUCUAUUUUAGCACACCGAGCGAGGUUAAGCCGGGCCAGGACUAUCUGGUCGACCACAGCAUCUACUUUUAUCUGAUGGAUCCCGAGGGAGACUUUGUCGAGGCCCUUGGGCGGCAACACUCGCCAGACCAAGCCGCCAAAGUCAUCCUAGACCACAUGAAGGAAUGGAGGGGGCCAUUAAAAAGGAGCUGA